CUAUAAAUCCCAAGUUCCAAUCCACUACAGUCUAUACCAAACAAAGUAAGCUCUGAAAAAGAUUAUAACUUCCUUUGAAGCAUUUAUUUAGAUAGAUAGCAAAAUCCUCAAUUGGUCCACUUGCCCUUUGUCCUUUUUCCUUAAAUUCCUUUCUCUUUAAUUCCUAAAAUUUUUUGUAAAUAAAAAUCCAAAACAAAGCAAAGCAAAAGAUAGAACAGAGACUGUAUAAAACCCAUGUUAUGUUAUCUCACUUUCUUUGUCUAGAAAUUUCUCUUGCCCAUACCCAUCUUAAUUUCUACACCUCCUUAUCAAAAAUCAUAAUAAUAAAAUAAAUUAAUUAAUUAAAGAGUCUUGAAUAUAUUCAGUUUCCUUAGUUGCCCAAAUCUUUUGGGGAUCUUUCAAAACAUUCCUUUUAAAGCUAAAAUAACAAGUAGAAUAUAUAUCUUGAUAAGUCCCAUUAUUAGAGUUUAAUAAAUAUAAUGAAGAUUCAAUGUGAUGUAUGUGAAAAGCAAGAAGCAAUUGUGUUUUGUGCAGCAGAUGAAGCUGCACUUUGUGAAGGGUGUGAUUAUAGAGUUCAUCAUGCUAAUAAGCUUGCUAGCAAACACCUUAGGUUUUCUCUUCUUCAUCCUUCUUUCAAGGAAGCUCCUCUUUGUGACAUUUGUCAAGAAAAAAGGGCAUUCUUGUUCUGCAGAGAAGACAGGGCAAUACUAUGCAGGGAAUGUGACAUACCAAUACAUAAAGCAAAUGAACAUACCCAAAGCCAUAACAGAUAUCUUCUAACUGGUGUUAAAAUAUCAGCUUCAUCAUCCACAUACAUCAAUGGUUCAGAUGGAUCAUCAUCAUCAUCUGAGCUUAAUUCAAUUUCUAAUACAAAAACAUCAAUAUCAAGUUGUGAUCAUGAUAAUAAUAUGUUUAACCAAUGUUAUUCAAAUAAUACAAUAAAUACAAAUACACCAUCAUCAACAACAAUGAAUCAUAAUAAUCAUGUUGAUGAAGAAGGUAUUUCUGAGUAUUUGAUGGAGAGUUUGCCUGGUUGGAGACUUGAAGAUUUGCUUGAUUCUUCUUCUGCUUCUCAUAAUCUCUGUAAGAUUUCUGACUACACAAAUACUUGUAUGAAUCAAGGAGUAAACACAAACCAACAAGAAGAGGAAAAUAUGGAUGGUAGAUUUGGAUCUCAAAAUCAAUGGGAAUUUCAUCAUGAGGGACCACUUGUUCCUUCUCAUUUUCCUACUAACUUCCUUCAAAGAUUGUAAUAAUUUCUUUCUUUUUUUUUAGAUAUUAAUUUCUCACAUUAAUAGGAAUCUAUCAACGUCUUUAUUUUGUUACAAAUCAAGGUGCCUCCCUCCGACCAUUUCUGUCUAAGUAGUUUACUUCUAAGUGUGGAUGUUUGACAAUUCACUAUUGUUGGUUGUUUAAUUGGCUGAUAGCAUUAAGUUUUUUGAUAGCGAUUAAUCAGCUAUUUAAUUCAGUGUUUAUGAAGAAUGUAUGAUAAAAAUUUGGUUAUUUAUUACAACAAAAAAUAAAUAAAAAAUCAAAAGUCAAAAAAAAAUAUUCAUUGCAACUUUUAGUUAUUGGCAUUAGUUUUUGGGUUUAGACUUGAAAGUUUUUUUUAAUCAAGUUAAAUA